UGAAAAAGUCUCACCUCAGAAUAGGAAACUGCAUAAGAAGAACAAUCCUAUUUUAAUGUGUGGAUUCCUGUAUUAGAAAUGGCCUUUUAUAAGCAAGAACAGAGCUGCAGAUGUCUUGUUGGAUGUAUAACAGGGGACCUGAGACAAAUUAACGUGUAAAAACUUCCCAGGGCAAAGGACAUAAUGCAGAAGGUUGGUUUCAGGGACUAUUUGCAGAGCCCCCAAGCACAACUUAUUCUGGUAAACUCUCUAACAUGUGGCCUGGAAGUUUGUUUGGCAGCUGGGGUCACAUUUGUGCCACCUUUGCUUCUUGAAGCUGGAGUGGAAGAAAAGUUCAUGACCAUGGUACUAGGUCUUGGCCCUGUUCUUGGUCUCUUAGUUGUACACCUGAUUGGUUCUGCCAGUGAUCGAUGGAGCAGCAAAUACGGCCGUCGCCGUCCCUUCAUCUGGCUUCUGUGUUUUGGAGUUAUGUUAAGUCUCAUUAUUAUCCCAUAUUCCAGUUAUCUGGCCACUCUGACAGGUCACCAUCAUGCUGGCAUGGAGGUGGUUGUCCUAGUGCUCGGAAUUGGGCUUCUGGAUUCCUGUGGACAGGUCUGUUUUACUCCUUUGGAAGCCUUGCUGUCUGACCUUUUCCCAGAAGGAGAGGCUUGCAGGAAAGCAUUUUCAGUCUAUGCAUUAACAAUUGGAAUAGGCGCAUGCAUUGGUUAUUUAUUACCAUCUGUGGACUGGAGUGGAAGCUGGCUGGCACAGCAGUUAGGAGGGCAAGAACGAUGUCUUUUUACACUUCUGCUUAUUAUAUUGUCUGGAUGUGUCUUUGCUACAUUCUUUGUCUCAGAAGAGAUUAUAACAAAUUCCGGACAUCAGGAUAUCUCUUUGGAGCACACAGGAAGGUGGAGGACUUGCCUUAAAAUGUGCCAGUUUUGGACUCUACCAUACAAUUUUUGGCGUACAGUUUUUGCAUUAAGAGGUGCAUGUGCUUUGGUUCCACGAUUUAGGAGAUUUUGUUGCAGGAUGCCUAUUGCUCUGUGGCGCCUAUUUGUGGCACAACUAUUCUCCUGGAUGGGCUUUAUGACAUUUACAAUGUUUUAUACCGACUUUGUUGGAGAAGGACUGUAUCAUGGUGUGCCAAUAGCAGAACCAGGAACAGAAGCUAGACUUCGAUAUGAUGAAGGGGUCAGGAUGGGAAGUCUGGGCCUCUUCCUUCAAUCUGUGACAUCAAUAGCCUUUUCGUCCUCUAUGGAUUACCUGGUUAAGACAUUUGGAACAAAAAUGGUCUACCUAGCUGGUGUCUCUUGUCUACCUGCUGCUGCAAUGAUCAUAUGCUUCUCUAGUGAUGUUAUCAUAGUAACAGCAUCAGCUGCCAUAACAGGAAUCCCAUUCUCUGUGCUUCAGAUCCUGCCCUACACUCUCACCUCAUUAUAUCACCAUAACCGUCAGGUGUUUCUCCCUAAAUAUAAGGACAUGACAGAGGAUGAAGCAACUGAAAAAGAAAUAAAGUCUGUUUUCAUCAAGGAGGCAACAAACAGUAAUGGUGUUACCAUUUUCUCAUCUCAUUCUUCUUCCUUGUGUCUUGGUCAAUCCGGUGAUGGGUCUCAUACAGUUGAAGAAUCGGCAGCACCAAGCCAUGGGAUCUGCUUGGACAUUGCAAUCCUUGACAGCGCAUUUCUUCUGUCACAGGUGAUCCCUUCUCUGCUCAUGGGUUUUAUUGUACAAAAGACACAAACAGUCACAGCUUAUGUUGCCUCAGCAGCAGCCUUUGGAUUGAUAGCUAUAUAUUUCUCCAAUAAGGUGGUAUUUGAAAAAAGUGAUAUGGUGAAAGCAACUGCUUUGUAAGAACAUCAAAUAUACU